UUUCAUCAUCUACCUCUGUUUUCAUCCCUUUCUUCUUUUGAGUUUUUCACUUUACCUUUUUCUCUGCCAGAAAUCUUCUUCUUCUUCUUGUUAUUUUGUUCUUAAAGUUCCAUGGCGGUUUUGCCUUCAAGCCCGUCUAGCUUGGAAUUGACCAUAUCUAUGCCCGGCUUUGCUUCAUCCCAAUCACUUCCUCCAUCUGUGAGGAACUUGGACAUAAACCAAGUGCCAUCAGGAGGAGUAGAAGAAGAUCAGUGGAUAACGAUGAAUAUGGAAGAUGAAGAAGAAAGCAGCAACGGAGGCCCUCCCCGAAAGAAACUCCGUCUCACCAAAGAACAGUCCCGCCUUCUCGAAGAAAGUUUCAGACAAAACCAUACCUUAAACCCGAAGCAAAAAGAGAAUUUGGCUAUGCAGUUGAUGCUGAAGCCAAGGCAAGUUGAGGUGUGGUUCCAGAACCGUAGGGCCAGGAGCAAGCUGAAGCAAACAGAGAUGGAAUGUGAGUUCUUGAAGAGACGGUUCGGGUCACUAACUGAACAGAACCGGAGGCUUCAAAGGGAGGUGGAAGAGCUGAGAGCCAUGAAAGUUGGCCCGCCUACCGUCAUCUCCCCCAAUAGUUGCGAGCCCCUCCCAGCAUCCACUCUCUCUAUGUGCCCUCGUUGCGAGCGUGUGACCUCCAACGCCGCCCUCAUCAACAAGGGCCCUACCAAGACCGCCACCACCACGCUGUCCACUAAAGUGGCAGUGCCUCCUCUUUAGUCAUGGCUAUCUUUGACUGCAGCUUGUUAGGAGUACGCAACUAUUAAUUAUCAGGUGUAAUUAAUUAAAUGACCUACGAAAGAGGAAAAAAAAAAAACUAAUAGAUUAAAUUAACAAUGUUCAUAGAAAAAUCAAAUUGCUUUAGUUUCUAUUCAUGUAUUGGUCAAGCUUGCCUUUGUUUACCGAGGAAUUAUUAAAGGAGAUUAAAAAAAAAAAACCAAAAUUUUACAUGAUCAUGUGAGAGAACAAACGAGUCAAUCCAAGACCAUAUACAUGAUAGAAUAAAGUUUAUAGUAUUUUAUGUUGUCCACGACCGACAGGCCUUGGACAAGGAAAGGGGAAAAAAAAUGUUGUGAUCGACAUAAAGCAGAUCAAUUGGGGAGAGCUAGAUCAGCUCAGAAAACUUGGGGAUCAUGCAAGGUGGUUGGAAGCUGGCGGAUGUUGAUUUUUUGAUGUACAUAUUAUUAUAUAUAUGCACCACUAAUAUUGUCUGUCCUGUCUUUGAAUGAAGGAUUUUUCUU